AAAACUGUAAACGGCAAAGUUGAGGGAACGCGUUUCGUACGCGGCCGACGAUCUUCACUCAGUGGUCUUUCGUCCAAAAGAUCUACCGAGAAGAAGCAGGAAGAGUAGUAGUAGUAGUAGUAGUAGCAGUAGUUUCCGGUUCCGGUAGUGCCCGAUGAUCGGUUCACAAUGAAACCGCAACGUAGGAACCACCUAAUAAUACUGACGGUGGUACAGCUGGUGCUGCUCGCGGGUGCAGCCCUAGGUCUCCCAGGGCAGUCGUCGUUCAGCUGCCACCAGCACGGCCAGGAAUGCAAGCUGUGGAACCUGUACUUGGACACCGCCGAGGAGGUGUCGGAGGCGAUCAUCGACACCGGGAACGGUGCGUUCGCCGAGGUCGAGAUAUCCUUCUCGUCGCUCCCGACCAUCCCACCGUCGCUGUUCGCGGACAACGAGAACGUGGUCUCGCUCAAGAUGGAGGAUUGUGACGUGGAGCUGCUCGAGAAGGGCACUUUCGAGGAUGCCGGCGAGCUCAAGUAUCUGCAGCUACCGAAGAACCACCUGACCACACUGAUCGAUGACGUGUUUGCGCCCGCCUCGAAGCUGCUACGUCUACACCUCGGCAGCAAUCGGAUCGUCACCGUCGAGGAGUUCGCUUUCCGCGGGCUGGACAACCUGGAAACGUUACGCCUAUCACGCAACAAGCUGGCCCAGUUUCCGGCGAAACUCUUCGCGGGCUUGGACCAACUGACGGAGCUCAAUCUCGAUCACAAUCACGCCGAAACGUUACCGGACCGGCUGUUUGAAGAGCUGACCCAGCUACGGGAACUCCACCUGGACCACAACUAUCUAACGACCCUGUCCCGGAAUACGUUCGCGGGGCUCAAGGGACUCCGCAAGUUGAUUCUGAAAGAGAACGAACUGUCGUCGAUCGAUCCGCUAGCGUUCAGUCCGCUCGUGACGCUAACGGAGCUCGAUUUGGAGGGUAACAACUUGAAGCUGCUGUCACCGAAUACCUUCGCGCCACUCGUACACCUCCGGGAGCUGGUGCUCACGGACAACUACAUCGAGCGGCUGGAUGACGCAAUCUUCGCCGGGAACGGCAAUCUGGAGAUUCUGAAGCUUAACAACAAUUCGAUCGAAGAGCUACAACCGGCCGUGCUGACCAGCCUGCGGAAUCUGGAGGACCUAGCGUUACAUCACAACGAAAUCCGUGCACUCGAUAAGCACCUCUUCAAGAGUGCCGCCAGCCUGAAGGUCCUGCAGCUGGAGGGUAACGUCAUCCAGAAGCUCUCACCGGGCACGUUCGAAGGCCUGCGACGCCUGGAGACGCUCGACUUGGAGGACAACAGUUUGUCGGCGAUCGAUGGGGGCCUCUUCGCGGGGCUGACGUCACUGGAGAAGCUGUACAUCAACGAGAACCAGAUCGAGGAGCUGAAGGCCGGCACCCUGAGGGGGGCCGAGCGGCUACAGAAACUGGAGCUCGAGCAGAACGUCAUCCGUAGCAUCGACGGGCGGUUCCUGGACGACACGACGCAGCUGAGAAGUCUGACGCUCGAGGAGAACCUUAUCGAGGAGAUACCGGCCGAACUGUUUGCAAACCAGCGGAGCCUCAAGGAACUGUCGCUGGAGAACAACAACAUCAAGGAGCUGCCGGAUGGGUUGUUUGCUUCCGUGUCGGGUUGCUUGGAGGAACUGUAUCUCGCCGACAACGAUCUCACCGUACUGACACCGGCCGUACUGGAUCUUCCCCGGCUCGAGUUACUCGAUCUGUCGGACAACAACUUCGAGGACAUCCCGGACAAUAUGUUCGCCAAGGUAAAGCAACUGCACGAGCUCUAUCUGGAUGGGAACAUGUUGGACGAUAUCCCGGAUGCGCUGCGGGCACUGUCGAAGCUGGUGACCCUCUCGAUGACGAGGAACCGGCUCCGUGCGAUCGACCCCCAAAGCUGGAGCAUGAUGGUACGGCUAAAGGAGCUCUACCUGUCGGAGAACUUGAUCGAAGAGCUGGCGCCCGAAAGCUUCGAACGACUCGAAGGGCUGAAGGAGCUAACGUUGGACGGGAACCAUCUGCAGACCCUGCCGGCGAACAUGUUUGCCCGUAACCACAACAUUGAGCUGUUGAACCUGUCCGGUAACCACCUGGUGGGCCCCCUGGCAAGCAGUUUCGCUGGUCUGUGGAAGCUAGAAGAGCUGUACCUGUCGGACAAUCCACUCGGGGUGGUGGAAUCGAACAGUUUCCGCGAUCUCCGCAAGUUGGAGAAGCUUUCGCUAGAGAACGCCAGCCUGACGGAUCUGGGCGGUAGUCCAUUCUACGGACUGUCGACACUGGAACGGUUGGAUCUGGACAACAACAAGGUACAGCGGCUAGAGGGAGCCUCACUUCGGGGGCUCGAAAUGCUCGAACGGCUCCACAUUCACCACAAUCCGGUGGGCAAGAUCGAAACCAACACGUUCAAGCAGCUCGGCAACUUGAAGCGCAUCUCGAUCGGUCCGGGAACGAUAGCGUUUGGUGAGGAGUUGCUACAAAACAACCAACGACUUCAGGAGCUGCAUCUGUACGAUUGUUUGGCUGGGCCGCUGCCGCCACGCUUCUUCCACUUUAUCCGCAAGCUCCACACACUGGCGAUCGUCAACAACAAGCAUCUGAAGGCGGUCAACAAACUAUGGUUUAAGGAUCUUUCCAACUUGCAAACCCUCGCGCUGAGCAACAACGCGUUGGCGCAAUUCGAGAAGGGUCUCUUCGAUCCGCUGGACGGUCUAGACGAGCUGUACCUGUCGGGCAAUCCGGUCGGUGAGCUGGAUCGUGACAUCUUCUCCAAGCUGCUCGGUCUGGAGGUGCUGGACCUCUCGAACAUGGCGCUCGCCACACUGCCAAUGGGAAUCUUCGACAAUCUGUACGACCUGGAAACGCUCGAUCUGGGCGAGAACCGGCUGGCCAGCGGGUUGAUCAGUGGCAUUUUCCACAACCUGUACUCGCUGAGAAUCCUGUCGCUGGACAACAACCACCUGCAAACGCUAGACCCGGUGCUGUUUGAUGAUCUGAAGAAUCUGCGCGAAAUCGACCUGAGUGGCAACGAGCUAGCCAGUCUCGAUGCUCAGCUCUUCCACGACUCGCUCGAUCUGGAGCUACUCGAUCUGUCGUCCAACAAGUUCACCACCUUCGAUCUGCAGCAAACGGCGUACGCCAAAACGCUGGUCGAGCUCGAUAUGGACGACAACCAGCUGGUGACGCUACGGAUUACGGAAGAUCUGGAGGAACUGUACGUGGAGAACAACGAGCUGGCCGCUAUCGAUUGCGAUAACUCACCGUCGUACAACCUGCGCAGUCUGUCCGUGGCCAAUAACAACUUCUCGGAGCUGGGAUCGUUGCUGCGGUUCAACAAUCUCGAAUCACUGGACGUGUCUUACAACGAGCAGCUGACCGUGCUCGAGUUGGGCCCGAUCUCCAGGGCAAUGUCGGUGCUGGAGGUACUCAACGUUUCGCACUGCGCCAUCGCCGGGCUGGAUGGGACGGAAAUUGAAGUGCACACGUUUAUGGAACUACUGGACGUGUCGUACAACAAGCUGGCCGAGCUGGACAUGAGCGUGUUCCAGAACUUCCCCGCGGUCGAAGGGUUCAUGUUCGGUGGCAACCCGUUCCAGCAGUUCCCGAUCGAGGAGGUGGUGCACAGUUUCAAGGAUCUCGAGCUGAUCGGACUCGACGGUACCGAGUGGGAGACGAGCUUCCUGGACGAGCUGGAGCGGUACAUUGCCGAUCGGGAUCUGAAGUUUUGGGAGGCCGACGAAGAGGACGCCCGCCCGUGUACGGUUGGGCGGCUGAACCCACUGUACUGCGGCCAGUGAAUGGGCCCGCUUCCUGAUGGUGUCCGUUUCAAAGAACUAAGCGAAAAAGCUAUUGGUUCAGCAAAAGAGUGAAUGUAACAUUUCGUAAGAGUGGAAAUAAAGAAUGUUAAAUGAU